AUGUCCUCCCGCCGCCCCCCACCCCCGCCCUACCGCACCACCACCGCCUCCGGCAUGCGCCGCAACCUCUUCAGCAGCCACCUCUCGCGGCGGCCCCCGACAACGACGACGACGACGGCGGCGGCGGCGGCGGCUGCGGCGGCGACACCCACCAUCGGCACCGGCGGCGGGCCCUCCAGCACGAGCGCGACGUCGGCGACGACGUUGCAGCUGGAGCAUAAUAACGGCAAUGGCAACGGCGGCGGCAAUGGCGGUGGAGGCGGAGGCGGAGGAGGGGGAGGCGGAGGAGGGGGAGGGGGUGGCAGAGGACAUCACCUGGUCGACGACGGUGGUGGGCGGCGGCGCAGGGUCGAUGGCGGCGAUGGCGAUGACGGCGACGUUGAUGGGGGCGUCGUCGAUGGCGAGGAAGGGGAAUGUCGGGACAUUGUGGCGCGCGAUGCGGAGGGGAGUUAUCGGCUGGAGAUGCCGUAUCUGAACCCCGUGCCGAGGGACGAGCUGAGGGAGGAGAGAGAGGUGGAAAGUAGGUUGAUCGAGACGUACCGGAAGCAUCAGCACCAUAUCGAGCCCAAUGAGUUCAGAGCCACGCUGCAGGCCAGCUUGCAGGCGAAGGUGGAGUCAUUGGACGAGGAUCAGUGGAUGUUCGAGGGCGACGAUCCGGUGCCGUCGUGA